UCCACCAACUCCUCUGCCAAUUGCCAAAUUUUCUCCCUGAUUAUUUAUUUAUUUAAUCAUUAAUAACUAUUUAUAGCUUCCAGCUUUUUGCAUAAUUUUUUAAAGCUUUUAGCCUAGCAAAAGAGAGAGUGUGUGUGCCGCACUUACAGAGAGGAGCACUGCUUUGAGUACUUUAAAAGAUGGCUACCAAGUUGGGGGCUUCAAGGGCUGCUUCAUACCUCAGGGUAUCAACGUUUCACAGAGCAUUUGCUACUGUUGUCAAGGAUUUGAAGUAUGCAGACUCUCAUGAAUGGGUCAAAGUUGAUGGUAGCUCUGCCACAAUAGGCAUCACAGAUCAUGCUCAGGAUCAUUUGGGUGAUGUUGUGUAUGUUGAAUUACCCGAAGUGGGGGCUUUUGUUACUCAAUCUGGCAGUUUUGGCGCUGUUGAAAGUGUCAAGGCCACCAGCGAUAUCAAUUCUCCAGUUUCAGGAAAGGUGGUCGAAGUUAACGAGAAGCUCAACAACACUCCUGAUCUGGUGAGUUUCCGAGUUCUCUAGAUUAUUUUCUUUCAUU